AUGGCUGUGGGUGAGGGCUUGGUGCAUGUGAAGAUCACUCUUCUGCUUCUUUGGCAGGGCAUAUUUCUGUUUCUUCCUGGACGGUAUCGUAUUGGGAAUUCUAAACACAAUGGUCCUCCAGAGAUAGUGAGUCCUAUUAGGCAUGCCAGCAGCAUAAAGUCCCCAGGCUGGCUCACUUACAGCCUCCAUUUUGGGGGCCAGAGGCACAUUGUCCAUAUAAAGGUCAACAAGCUUUUCCUGUCCAAACACCUCCCAGUAUUCACCUACACAGACCAGGGCGCUAUCCUUAUGGAACAGCCUUUUGUCCAGAAUGACUGCUACUAUCAUGGUUAUGUGGAGGGGGAUCGAGAAUCCCUGGUUGCCCUCAGUACCUGUUUGGGGGGCUUUCAAGGAAUCAUACAGACAAAUGACAUGGUUUAUGAAAUAGAGCCCAAAAGACUUUCUACCACAUUUGAACAUUUUGUAUACAAAAUGGACAGUGAAGAGACACAGUUCCCACCUUUGAGAUGUGGGUUAACAGGGGAAGAGAUUGCACGACAAUUGAAGCUUCAAGAGAAUGUUAAUUUCACUUUGAAGCAGAGCGGGUAUGAAGGCUGGUGGACCCACAAGCGGUUUCUUGAACUGGCAGUGGUGGUGGACCACAAUCGAUAUCUUCAUCACGAAAGUAAUGCCUCAGAUGUGCAGCAUGAAGUAUGCCUUGUUGUCAAUAGCAUAGAUAUGUUUUUGAGUUCCCUGGAUGUUGAUGUGGUUUUAAUGGGAAUUGAGAUCUGGACUCGAAGUAACCCCUUUGCAGUCGAAAACAUAACAGAGCUCCUGGUUAAAUUUUCCAUCUGGAAGACAAUUCUCUUUAAUCACCGCAUACCACAUGAUGUAGCACAUGUUUUUAUAAAGCAAGAAUAUACCGAUGCUCUUGGUUUAGCCUUUCUUGGAAGAGUAUGUCACUUUCGUUUUAACUGUGGAGUUGAUAGUUUCACAAAUGAUGAUUUUUAUAACUUUGCGUAUAUUGUGUCACAUGAGAUUGGUCAUAAUUUAGGUAUGGAUCAUGAUGAAAAAACUUGUACAUGUGGGCAGAAGACCUGUAUAAUGUUUCCAUCAAAAGCAAGUGCAACUAGAUUCAGCAACUGCAGUUAUGCUGACUUCAUGAACACCAUGACAAGACAAACCUGUUUGUACUUUUCACAUGAUAAAUGGAAUACCGUGCAAUGUACCCGGUGUGGGAACGGUGUGGUUGAAGAAGGAGAAGAGUGUGACUGUGGAACUUUAGAUUUGUGUAUGAAAGAUCCAUGCUGUGAGUCAGACUGCACUCUCAGACCUGGGGCUGCUUGUGCUUUUGGGCUUUGUUGCAAAGACUGCCAGAUUGUGUCAACAGGCACAGUUUGUAGACAAGAGAUAAAUGAAUGUGAUCUCCCAGAGUGGUGCAAUGGGAAAUCCUACCUUUGCCCAGAAGAUGUGUAUGUGCAGAAUGGGUUCCCAUGUGAGGGCGGUGGCACCUGCUAUGAAAAGAGAUGCAAUAACCGUGAAGAACAGUGUAGGAAAAUUUUUGGUAAAGAGGCCAAGAGUGCAAAUCACAGUUGCUACACAAAAAUUAACACCCAAGGUGAUCGUUUUGGUCACUGUGGUUUCAACUACUCUACAUAUGUAAAAUGUAACAUCUCAGAUAGCUUGUGUGGGAGGAUUCAGUGUGAAAACGUGAUAGAAAUUCCGCUUCUGAGUGAUCAUUCUACAGUGCAUUGGACUCACUUCAAUGGCGUCACCUGCUGGGGUACUGACUACCACUUUGGGAUGACCAUACCUGACAUUGGUGAUGUGAAAGAUGGUACAGAGUGUGGUACAGAUCAUGUCUGCAUCAAAAGGAAGUGUGUCAGUAGGUCACAUCUGUUAAAUAAUUGUUCACCGGAGACCUGCAAUACGAAUGGGGUCUGCAACAACAAACAAAACUGCCAUUGCAACAAAGGCUGGGAGCCCCCAAACUGCCAGGAAAAAGGCUUUGGAGGUAGUAUUGAUAGUGGUCCACCCCCUGGGAGAAAAGAGAAAGGAGAGAGUUACCUGGGACUACUUUGGUUGAUUCUUGUUGUUGUUAUUUUACUAUGCUUGUUAAUUUGGGUCUUCAUGCCAAAUGAAGGAAGUGAUACGAGUAUUCCACCUUCACCUGAGGAAAAUGUCAGCACUUUACCUGAGGAAGAAGAGCAAGAUGUUUCCAUUUCAUCUAAGGAAGAGCAGUGA